AUGUCCAGCCCUGGGAGGCUGCUUCUGCUCCUGCUGCUGCUGCUGGCCCCAGCCCUGGUAGGGCCCUCUUCGCUGCCCCAGCUGCACACCCCGGAGCGCAAGGCCACCAUCGCAGGCCUGAUCCUGCCCGCACUAGAGCGGGCCACUGUCUUCCUGGAGGAGAGGCUGCCGGAGCUCAACCUCGAUGGCGUGGUGGGCUUCCAGGUGCUGCAAGUGCAGCUCAAAGGUGUCCAGGAGGCAUGGGCUGGGGACCCCCAGCUGCGGCCGCUGAGCCAGCGCAUGGGAAGGCUGUCCAAGAAGCUGGGGAUCCUCCUCCGAAAAUCCAUCCCCUACCUGAAGCUCAGCGACCCUGCCUACCUGAGAGAGUUCCAGCCAACCAUCCAGUGGGGGUUCUGGAAGCUUCCCCACGCCUGGACCCGCACCAACGCCUCCAUGGUCUACCCCACAUUUGAGACUGAAGAUUCCUUCUCGGAGGAACACAGCGACAUGUGCCUGGUGCAGCUGCUGGGGACCGGGACAAACAGCAGCCGGCCGUGUGGCCUCUCGGACUCCUGCAGGACGCUCAUGACCAGGGCUGGCUGCUCGGGCUACUGCCUGUCCCACCAGCUGCUCUACUUCCUCUCCGCUGCCAUGCUGGGCUGCACAGAGGGGCUGUUUGCCCAGAGCCAGCACUACAUGCACCUCUUCUGUGCCAACAUGAUGGACCUGAACCGGAGAGCUGAGGCUGUCGGGUACCCCUACCCCACCCGGGACCUCUUCAUGGAAAACAUCAUGCUCUGCGGAAUCGGGGGGUUCGCAGACUUCUACAAGCUCCGGUGGCUGGAGGUCCUCCUCAGCUGGCAGAAGCGAGAGGAAGGUUGCUUCGGGAGGCCAGAUGAAGAAUUCCCAAGAGGCACUCCAUACCCCCAGCAAGGGCUGAGACGAGUGAAGAGGCGAGAAAAGGAAUUUACAGAUGGCUGCUCUGCCCACAACACCGCCAUGGCAGCCGGAGCCCUGGGCGGCUUCCUCUACGUCCUGGUGGAGCAGCCCCCAGCUCGAGUGAAGCCACCGGAGGCCAGCAGCUCCCGACAGACCGGCCCUCGCAUGCCACCUGGAAGACGAGGCCAACCCCUGUAGCCCUCUUAGGGGCCCCAGAUACCCCAUCGGGAGGGAAGGCGGGGGGAUGAGAGGCAGUGGGGGCCAGACUGGAGGAUCCAGACCUGCCCCUCCCUCUACUCCAGCAG